CCCAUUUUUCACGGUUUCUCUAGGCAGAGGCCCUCCUCCUCAGUCCUCACACACUCCCUCAAUUCCAUCUCAAAAAUAGUAUGCUCGCUGUUUAUGGAAUGGAGGCGAACAACGUCAUCGCGCCGUUCGUUAUGAAGACUUAUCAGAUGAUCAACGAUCCGACGACGGAUAGUUUGAUCACCUGGGGAAGAGCCAACAACAGCUUCAUCGUCAUCGAUCCCUUGGACUUCUCGCAGAGGAUCUUACCUGCGUAUUUCAAGCACAACAACUUCUCCAGUUUCGUCCGACAGCUCAACACCUAUGGAUUCAGAAAGGUGGAUCCUGAUAGAUGGGAAUUUGCGAACGAGUGGUUUCUCCGAGGCCAGAAGCACUUGUUGAGGAACAUCGUGCGGAGGAGGCAGAGUCGGAAUUCGAAUACGCAAGGGUCGAAACACGAAGACGUAGAUGAUGAAGAGGAACUGGUUAUGGAAAUAGCGAGGUUGAAGGGGGAGCAGAAGGCGCUGGACGAAGAGCUUCGUGGCAUGAACAGGCGUUUGGAGGCGACGGAGAGAAGGCCGGAGCAAAUGAUGGCGUUCUUGCACAAAGUCGUGGAAGACCCAGAUAUUAUACCCCGCCUAAUGCUCCAGAAAGAACGGACCAGGAGACUUAUGAGCGAGAAGAAACGGCGGCUAAUGAUACCUUCGGCGUCGUCGUCUUCUUCGAUAAAGACCGAGGACGAAGAAGAGGGAACAACUCAAGGCGUAAAUUCGUCGUCGCCGGAGACUGGUUUUGAAAUCGAUAAUUUUCGUGAACAAUCGUCGCCGGAUAACCCGACGCCGGGAUGGUUUAUCCAAAGGCAGGUGAUGGGUUCUCAUUCGAUUGCCCAAGAACCUUUUGGUUGCAUCGCCAUUGAUAGCCCCUUUUUGUCGGCGCCAACGGCCACUACUACGGGAAUUGGAAAUAGUACGGCGGUGUCUCCGCCAGAAAGUAAUAUGUCCGGUUAUGGAAAUGGGAGUAGUGGCCAAGUAAGCCUUUUCACAGAAAUGGCGGCUGGGGUGGAGGCGAGUCCGCCACCGCCUUAUCCGUUUUCUCUGUUCAGAGGUGGCUUUUAGCUUAGCUUUUAGAUAGUUGAUUCACAAGAUUUCUCUUGGAUUCUAUCUUUUCUAUUAAUUUCUAUCCUUUUUUUUUUUUUUUUAUUUUUUUUUACUGAACCAAAGAAAAGAGUAAAAUCAUGUGCUUGAUAUAUGUUAAUUAUUUUUGAAAAAAGAAAUAAUAAUAAAAGUCAAUAUCUA